UGGGUUCGCUCUGGUGCGAGGGGAGGCAGGAGACGGCCCUUCUCGUACCGGUCUCUGCCGCUGUCGAGGGGGGUGGUCACUGCGGCCCCUCCCAUAACCCAGCGCGGGGGGGCUGGAACAGCAGCCGCGGGGGCUGCCCCAAGGCCCCGCAGGCCGCUCCGCAUGGGGGGCGUAUCCGCGCUGGACUCUCCUCCCCCCGCUCGCCUCUGACUGGCGCUGUCUCCUCACGCGGCUGCUGCCUGUGUGGACGCUCCGAUUCCGGCAUCAGCGCGCCGCGUUCUUCUGGAGCCGGAUCCGGAGUGAAACCCGGCAGCGUUAUGGGGGGGGAAUCCGAGCGUCCACACAGAGAGCAACCCGGCGUGGGGACGAGCCCGAACUCCCCUCGCCUUAAGGGGCGGCUCGCUCCGGGUCUGUGCGGCCUGGCUGCCGCCAGCCAGCUCUCGCCCGCAACGGGGAUCUCACCCCGCCUGCCGCCGUGUUUGAAAUAGUUUUCUUCAGUGGCAGGGGGCGGGCUGAUGAGGGGAAGCCGGAGCCAGCCUGGCCCCGGUACACCAGAGCGUGACUGUGGUGAUAAUUAGUCGGGAAACGGGCCGGCGUCCUGUGGUGGAAUUACUGUAACAAGCUGUCUUGUCUCUAAUUAGCUGCGCAGAUUGAAUGAAUGUUGGGGAAGAAUGAAGAGCGAUGCACAGAAGAUCGCUAAAGUUUAGCGUUUUGGACUGCACUGAACGAAACCAUGCUUGAAAUAUGCACUGCAGUCAAAAGACAUUAAUCGUUUUGCUGAGCCCUUUGAAGCGGACAAGCAUGCUUACCUACACAAAUGUAGCCCUGAAGUUAAAAUGUGAAGUUGUUCUAGAGAAUUAAACUCUCAACAAAACUAGUUCCAGUGGAUGGCCUAAAACCAUGUCCCUGUCUCGUGUUGAAAAUCCUUGUUUUUUGCUCUUCCUAGCUGUCUUUCAAGCAAUAUUUAUCCUGAUUUUGUACCGAGGUGGAGCAUCGAGUGUAUUUCGAGGAUUUUUAGAUACACCUCAGCCCUUGGAUUACUCAAAAACACAGGAUGUGUAUACAAACCUCAGCUUGUUCACCCGAGCUCCUAAUGAAGAAACUAUGCCAUAUUGCACAGCCCAGUCACCGAUAUUUGUUGGUCCAUUAACCAUCACCUUUAAUGCAUUCCCCAGUGAAAGAAUGAUAAUAAAAAAAAAUCCCUUUGUUCGGUUUGGAGGCCGCUACAGCCCUCCUCACUGCCUGGCUCGCUACAAAUCAGCCAUCAUUGUACCACACAAGAACCAGGAGAAGCAUCUGCGACACCUUCUCUAUUAUCUUCAUCCCUUCCUGCAGCGCCAACAGCUUCACUACGGCAUCUACUUGAUUCACCAGGCUGGGAAUGCUACUUUUAACCGAGCCAAGCUCCUUAAUGUUGGUGUCCGGGAAGCCAUGAAGGAUGAGGACUGGGACUGUCUGCUCCUGCAUGACGUGGACCUCAUUCCUGAAAAUGAUUAUAACCUCUACGUCUGUGAUGAAUACUACCCCAAACACAUUGCCAGUGCCAUAGACAAAUUCCAGUACAGUUUGCCAUAUUGGUCCUUUUUUGGAGGUGUCUCUGCUUUGACUCCAGAGCAUUACAUGAAGAUAAAUGGGUUUCCAAACACCUACUGGGGCAGUCGUGGUGAAGACGAUGACAUUGCUGCAAGGAUUCAGUUAGCAGGAAUGAAAAUAGUCAGGACCCCUAUUCAUCUUGGACGUUACAAAAUGAUGGAUCUUGAGCAACACAAAGGGAGUGAAGAGUACCCAAUAAGGUAUUCUCCUCCCUUCAGGCCUGCUCCACUGCAUAACACCAGAAAAACAUGGAAGGAUGAUGGAAUGAAUUCUGUAGAGUUCAAACUCCUUUCAAGAAAGAAGCACCUUCUUUAUACCAACAUCACUGUGGACAUUGGGAAUGCUCCCACGCUGCCUCCAGAGAAUAAAAACAAAAAGAGAGCUUGAGUAUUAGUGCAGCACCUGGAAAUUGUGCAACACAGGAGGUGCUAGCCUAUAGUUAAUCAGGAAUAAAAGGUCUACAAAGAUUGAAGAAUGAUUUCCUGCUGUGGGCUUCACCUUUCCUCCAAACAUGCAAGGGUUAGAAGAAAAGUCUUCAGGAAUGAGGCAUGACAGCCACUAGACUGGAUUCAGUUUAUUGGAGAGAAUCCCUUUUAAGCACUGUAAAAUGUAAUGCUUACUGAGCCCUAUACACACGCCUUGCAGAGUACAUCUUUAUUCAUCACCAGAUAAAUCCACUCUAAGCUGUGUACUCUUAAAUCAGCGUCACCCAUUAGCAGGCUAGUUAGUUGAAUGCCAGCUACUUAACUGCUGCAUAUCCUACUGCUUUACUAUUUUUGAAUGGUAAUUGGGAUUAAAGCCACUCUGAGGACAUGUUCUAUGUUUUGUUUGAAAGAAACCUCAGUCCCAUAUUGCUGGUAAAGAGAUUCUCUAGUUGCAGUCUGUCUUGAAAUGUUUUGUUUUUCCCUUCUUAGUGUUAAAUAUUUCCCUUUCCAUCUGUUACAUAUUUUGUAAAUAUUCUCCAGGAAGUUUAAAUAUAAGAUUUUGAAAGUUAA